AUGAGCCUUAGUAGUACCAAUAGCUUACCAUUUCGAAUUCAGAUCAGUCUUAUCGGCAACGCAGUGAAUAUUUCGGUUGUCGUGCUGAUUUAUCGCACGCCGUCCUUCCACAAUGCCUUCGGCAUCAUUUGUGCUUCGCAUUUGAUUGCAGACAUUGGCGUUCUCGCAGUUUUCUCAUUUUGGGCAGCUCCAGUUGCGUUGUUGGGCUCUCCUGAUUCGCUAGUUCACUCUUUUGUUGGUGCGAGAAUGGGCCAACUUGCUAUACUUCUGUGGUAUGCAUCCACAUAUGGACACAUACAGGUCGCUGUCAACCGUCUCCUGGCAAUAAAGUACCCAACUUUAUACGGAUCAGUGUUCUCGAAACGACGAACUAAACAAAUGCUGGCAGUGUUUUGGCUGAUUGCUACAGCUAACGUGAUCGCCUACUUUUGGGAUGAUUGUGACUUCAUGUUCGAUCUUCACUCGUUAACGUGGUUAUACGCUGCGACCUAUUGCGGCUACAUUAUCUCAUUUUACAUGACCUUAGUGCAUGAAUCGGCUUUGUGUGCUAUAGUCAUCCUCAUCGACACUAUUGCAUUUCUAGCCAUAUACAAGAAAGCAAAGAGCAAAUCAAAAUCGUUUGAUGAGACGAAAAUGCUCAGGAAAAACACUAAUCUUUAUGCACAGGUGGGUCUAUUUCUUAAGAGCUCUGAAUGGAAGGUUCCGUAA